UUUCGUACAACAUUUCAGCAAGUGACUCUAUUUUGUUUUCUUGACGUUAUUAUCUCUUCUAUCGGCUUUUAUCUUCUGAGUUCGUCAGAAAUAAGAUAAGACGUGGCACGAUACAAGAAUACAACACAACCAUGAAUUUCCUAUCAGAAGUUAUGGCCACAGCAGGAAAAAUUGAAAUGGAUGAGUUACGUUACAAAAUCCGCCGCAUCAAAGAGGAUAUCUCCACACUCAAAUCAAAAGUGAAUGACAUAGUGAAACGCGAAUAUGUCCAGUUCAUUCCUUUGGUUGAAGAUGAUGAAGACUUGACAUUGGAAGCCAUCCAUCUAGCUGAUGAAAUGGAAUCUCUGAGUAACCGUAUUGACAAACAGAUGAAGGUUGAAGUGACAGAAUGUCUGACAGAAGUGGCAAAUCUGAGUGAGGCAUUCAGAGAAUCUAAUCUCUUGUUGGAAGCUCUUCAAAAAUUACUUUUCAUCCAUGAUAACCUCCAGUCCACUCGUGACAUCCAUGACAAUGAAAGCCGCACCAAAGCAAUUAAAAAACUGAUUGGGAUCUCAGAGUUGCUGGACACCAUGUCAGAUCAGUUUGAAUCUUUAGAGAUUUUGGAAGGAAUCAGGGCUGAAAUUGAUGAACAGUGGCAGUCCUUCUUGCUGUCUGACAAUGAGGCCCUUCGCAAGCACAUAACAUGGGAUGAACGUGAACCCAGUUGUAAAAACAGACAGUUGACUCUGACCGUGUCAGAAAAUUUUGCCAAGAGUGAAAUUUUGGAAGCACUAAAUUUGCUAGAUGAUCUACCCCUGGUCACAUCAAAGUUUUGUGAAGGUCUCAUGAGUAAGAUUCUUAUCCCAUUGAUGACGCAACCACACUCAGUAGAUAUCAUGACAACCAAAGGUGCCCAGCUGAUUCUCCGAUCAAUCCCUAGCACUGUCGAUCAACCAAUACAAUUGAAGAUGGAAAAUCUCCUCAAGGUCUUUCAGUUCUUGUCAGAAUAUUUGAGUGUGCCCAUUGAUGAGACCAGAAAGUUCACAUCAAAAGUAGAUGACUUCAUAGCUGAAAAUUUUUGCGAGCUCUUUAUCAAGCAUUGUGUUGUUGAAUCAAUUCCGUUUAAGCAAAAGGAUUAUCGAAACUAUGAGAAGUUUGUGUGUCAGAUCAUGUCCUUCGAAACUUCUCUCAGAAAAAUGGGAUUUUUGUCACACAAAACUACAGCCUUAUCGCACUUUACCUCAAACUCAGAAGAGCAGUUCAGUGAAAACGCAAGUCAGGUACAUAUAGCAAAAGCGCGGGAUCUCAUGAAGAAAGAUCUUCAUCGGAUGACCCAGGUUGCACCAUCGAAUGUUAGCAACGAAUCAAUAGCAGAUAAUUGGCACAUGGACCUCUGCGAAAACACUUUUGAGUUUCCCACGUGCUGUAUCAGCCAGUCUGCAACAGAACUUGUUGGGGCCCUGACGGAGAUAAUGGAGGACAUUGUUCAUUCAACCAGCACACUUCAUGCAGUUAAGCUCUUCUGUGCAGCUCGUAAUAUUGUUAGCAUGUAUGCUGAUGUUGUAUCCGUCUACCAUGCUAAAAUGCUCACUUCAAUCCCGCAGCAAGCAGCAUUGUUUUUCAAUAACUGCUUUUACCUGGCACAUAAGUCUGUUUUCCUCAUAGUUGAGUACAAACCUAAGUUCCCACAAACUCUUGAUGCCCGCUUGGUUACUAUGGUUGACCUGGUGCAGCCAUUGCGGAAAGCUGGGCUAACUGUCCUCAUAGAGCAAGUGCAAACACAGAAGAAACAAAUUGUUGACAUCAUUAAGGAUUCAGGACUCAUUACUCUCGGAGACACCUCUGUUUUUCCGGUCUCAAUCGAAAAGUCCAUGCGGCAGUGUUUACGGCAAUUGAAGCUAUUGCAGUCCGUCUGGACGCACAUUCUUCCAGCAUCCACCUAUACCAAAAUAAUGGGACAAAUAUCAAGCACCUUAGUCGAAGAACUAAUCAACUGUAUUCUUAGCAUAGAUGACAUCGCUUCUGACGUUGCAACUAAUCUAGUCACUAUUUUUCAGAACAUCAUAGAGGAUUUACCAAGAUUGUUUCCUAAUCCUCAAGAAGUGUUCCGAUUGAUUCGAAAGUGGGGAAGAUUUGUGGAGCUGACCAAAGUGCUCGGUGGAACACUGCAAGAAAUCGAUGAGCGAUGGGCAGAUGGCAAGGGUCCACUUGCUGAGGAGUUUAAGGCCGAUCAAGUGCGCCAUCUCAUCCGCGCACUAUUCCGUGAUACAGAACGUAGAGCGAAUCUUCUUGCACGGAUACAGAUUCAGAUCAACACAAGGGGAGCUGAUCCCUUCUCACUGAAGAAACGCUCUGCAAAAUAACUUCUUCAAUACCAAAUGCUCUAUCCGUUUUGUCUAACUAACAAUCAAUCAAUGCCGAACAUUGUCAGAUUUGAUCAUUCUUUUGAAUCUCAAUGUUCAUGUGUGUAAAAUUAAGGCCAAAACUUUGUCAGUAGGUUUAUUGAUUCUGUCAUAUUUUCUGAUUGCCCUUAAAAAGCAGUUUUUAGUGCUUGCUUUCAAUAUAUGAGAAAAUCAUUGUCUUUUCAUUGUCAUCAGGUUGUUCCUGAAAGUAGGUUGAAGGGGUAAAAACGGCGAUGGUUUUUUGAAAACAUCCAGGCCAAAAUUUAAACAUUUUUCCCCGAGACCCUCUUGACUGAAUAUCUCCUUGGAAUCUAUCAUUGAUUGAUAUCCUCUUGAGAAUUUUUAGCAAACAGUUUUGCUAUUUUCUACUGUGCGUCUAUAAGACCAGGCACAGGAAAAUUUUGAGUCAAAUAGAUUGAAGAGAGUCGGGUAACUCAAUUCACUAAUUAGUGUACACAGCUCAAAGUCGUUUGUUAGGAAUAACAUUAAAAAAUGCCUGAAUGAAAACAUCUAAUUUUCUAGAGGUCUACUUCUGUGGUAUCAAAAUAAUAUGUCUGGAACGUUUUUUAUAAUUUUUUGUUUGCUGUUCUCUGUGAAUAUAUCCUUUGCCUGGAGCCUCUUUGUUGGCUGUGAUCUAUUUUUUAAUUGUAGGUAGUUCUCUAUUUUUCCUCAAGAAUUUGUAAUAUGAGGAUCAGUCUUAUACUGAUAUCUCUAACCUCUUCUUCUUUCUUGAUUUUCUUUUUGGCAAUAAAUUGUUAAUCAUAUCGCUAUGAUAAUAUGUGACAUGAUAGUAGGCCUAUGAUAGUAGGCCUAUGAUAAUAGGCUAUUGUAAGGCUCAUGUUCUGUUGCUGUUCAAGUUUCUGUUUCUUAAUCAACAGGUUUUUCAGAAGCUUUUCUCUGAGCUUUUACAGAUUUCAGUCCAACCGUUUCCUAUAGAAAACGAAUAGAUGAUUUUUAGUAAUUAACAAGAAGUGUCAUUCUGAUUCAAAAGGGUUUUUUGUUUUGUUUUUCAACAUGAUAUUGGAAUCCCUCUACUCUCGAAGUUGGUCCAAAGUUGUAUGCGAUUUUUUAUCAGAAAAUCUAGUGUGAGCUACCGGUGCUUUGAAUCCAAAAAUAUAACUAGUAUUUUUCCUAAGGACUCAAGUGCCGAAAGUCAAAUUUCGAUUUUAAAAAAAAAAAAAAAAAAAAAAAAAAAAAAAAAACAGGAAAAACUGUGUCAUGCUAACCUAACGCAAUCGUUUCAGCUCAAGAAAUAUAUGUAACCUAACAAUAUCCAUUAAAACUGGGCUCAUAAGAUUGAACGGUACUCUUUACUCCGUUUCUCUCGAAACUUGGAUUUUGGGACCUUGGGUUCUAUAAUUUUAGCUCAUUCAAAAUCUGAUAACAUGAUUUCUCUGAAGAAAACUGUGGUUUCUGUUAUCAAAUUCAGUUAGUUUAGAGAAGAAUUGAGACGACUUCCUUUUUUCCCCUCCCUCAUAAAAUCUUGAAAGAAAUGUGUCAAGUUGCUGUGUCAGUUGACACAAUCUUAGAAAACCAGUCGAGGAACAAGAACCAAUGCAUCAAGUAAUUCCAUGCCGACCAUGAGUAUCUUUUUGAAACUGCAAGAUGAAUUUUCCGUGUUAUUUCAGUUGCUGAAAGAAGUAGAGUAUUUGUAAUUUUGUUUUAAAUUCUGUCAUACAGAAACAUAAAUUUGUAAUUUUAUACUUUCCUUGUGUAUUCUUUUUAUCAUAUUUCCCUUGAGUCUUCUUUAUGUUGCUAUUUUGAACUGAAUGUAAAAUUGAAUUGUGCAGUCACAAAACACUAUCCUCAAAUUAUAACGCACUUUCCCCCUGUUCUCCUUAACUUUAUUUAGACGUUUAGUAUUCUAAAUACUUCUCUCCUACAAAAAAGUGCUUCUAUUUGGGCUCUCUAAUUGCGUCUUUUUUUUAGGAAUAAGAAAUUUCUCAUAAAACCUAGAUGUGACAAGGGAUAAGUCAAAAAGGUUGGAUGGUAGAUAUGUUUACUUGGUGCUUUCAACAUUUGAGCCAUUAACACAAGCCGUUCUUAGAAGAGAUGAAAUGGUGUGCUUUUAAAUUGCACAAUUCAAUGCCUGUCAGGUCAGGUAACCAGAAAUAAACUAAUACAAGAAUA